GCGCCUAUCCGCCGUUCAACUACAUCGACGAGAACGGCGAGCUGCAGGGCUUCGACGUCGAGAUCGCCAAGGCGCUCUGCGAGGCCGCCGAGUUCGAUUGCGAAUUCGUGGUGCAGGACUGGGACGGGAUCAUUCCCGGCCUGCUGGCCGAGAAGUACGACGCCAUCAUCGCCUCCAUGUCGAUCACCGAGGAGCGCAAGGAGGUGGUCGACUUCACCGACAAGUACUACCAGACGCCGGCCAAGUUCGUGCAGCAGGAGGGGGCCGGCUACAGCAUCGUCGAGGGCGUCGGCGCCGACGAGUCGAUCGGCGACGUCGACAAGGUCACGCUCGACACCGACAGCCUGGACGGCGCCGUGGUCGGGGUGCAGUCGGCGACCGUCCACGAGGCCUUCCUGCAGGACAACUUCGGCGACGUGGUCGAGAUCCGCAGCUACGGCUCGCAGGAGGAGGCCAACCUGGACAUGGUCUCCGGGCGUGUCGACCUGCUGCUGGCCGACUCCGUGGUGCUCGACGAAGGCUUCCUGAAGACCGAGGCCGGCGAGGGCUACGAAUUCGUCGGUCCCGGCUUCACCGACAGCCGCUGGUUCGGUGACGGCAUCGGCAUCGCCCUGCGCAAGGGCGAUGACGAGCUGCGCCAGGCCCUCAACGCCGCGAUCGACCAGAUCCGCGCCGACGGCACCUACAAGACGAUCAACGACAAGUACUUCACCUUCGACGCCUACGGCGCCGAGGCGCGCGGCCUGACGCUGAUCGACGGGCUGCAGAUGACGCUGCUGGUCGGCCUGCUGUCGCUGGCGCUGGCGAUCGUCUUCGGCCUGCUGGCCGCCUGGGCCAAGCUGACGCCGCUGCGUCCGCUGCAAAUCGCGGCGAACACCUACACCACGGUGAUCCGCGGCGUGCCGGAGCUGGUGCUGAUUCUGCUGAUCUACUACGGCGUGCCGACCCUGGUGCAGCAGGUGGUUCGGAGCUGGGGGCCGGCCUUCGCGGGCUUCCGCCUCGACCUCGAUCCCUUCGCCGCCGGCACCAUCACUCUGGGCUUCAUCUACGGCGCCUUCGCCGCCGANNNNUUCCGCGGCGCCUAUCUGGCGGUGCCCCGCGGCCAGCUCGAAGCGGCGGUCGCCUGCGGCAUGCACCGGCCGCUGAUCUUCCGGCGCAUCCUCUUUCCGCAGAUGCUGCGCUACGCCCUGCCGGGGCUGGGCAACGUCUGGAUGGUGCUGAUCAAGGCGACGGCGCUGAUGUCGGUGAUCCAGCUCGACGAACUGAUGCGCAAGGCGGAGAUCGCGGCCGGCGCGACGCGCAUGCCCUUCACCUUCUAUCUCGCCGCGGCGCUCUUGUUCCUGGUGAUCACCGCCGUGUCCAUCUUUGUCCAGGGGGCGGCGAUGAACCUGGAGCUCAUCUGGGAGACCCUGCCGCGCUUUCUCUCCGGCGCGCUGCUGACGCUGGAGAUCACCUUCGUCUCGGUGGCGCUCGGCCUGCUGCUGGCCAUCGGCCUGGCGCUGCUGCGGGUCAGCCGCAACCCGCUGCUGUCCUGGCCGGUGCUGGGCUUCACCUUCUUCUUCCGCGGCAC